AUGUAUCUCGUAUCGUUUAUGAUACUUGAUGCUCGUUAUUCGUUAUAUCAUUAUGAUGAUCGACAGGACUUGAAAUCUACAUUCGAUUGUCUGUAUGCUUAUCUAAGGGACCAUGUAGAAGAUGGAGAUGCACGUUAUAGUAUUAAUUAUCAUUUAAUUCCUUAUUGGCGACGGCUUGAUCAAAAUGAACAAGAAAAUUUAUCUAUAAGAUCAUAUGAAAAUGUAGAAAAUAACAUUAAUUUUAUUGAAUUGUAUCGAAAAUGUGACAAGUGCACAAUUGCUUGA